ACGGUGUCCUACCAAAUUGUCAAAUCAAAUGUGAUGCUGAGCCCUGCAAAAAUGGUGGCAUAUGCAAGGAGAAUUUCGCCAAACAAGAGUCGACAUGCGAUUGUGAACACACCAGCUUUUUGGGUGAAUUCUGCAUGGAAGAGAAGGGUGCCGAUUUUAGUGGCGAAUCGACAUUGUUGCGUAAAUUCGAACUUACCGGCAAAGUGGACUUUGUGCUAUUGCAAUUGGCAUUCUCCUCUUUCGAUUUGCGACGUGCCAAUCGUGUGAUGUUGUUAUUGCAACCGACUGGUGAUCGCAGUUAUUACCUGAUGGUAGCCAUUAACGCCGAUGGUCAUCUGUUAUUCGAAGAGGACCGCGAAGGGCCGGCGGUGGGUGCACAAAUCGAACGAAGCUUUCUGAAUAAUGCACGCCAUUCCAUCUACUAUAUACGCAAUGGCAGUGAUGCCACACUGCAUAUUGACCGCGAAAAGGUGCCAUUGACAAAGAUACAGACACGUGCACCGGUGCCAACGGGUGGUGCGGGCGGAAAUCGGGUACAAAUUGGUGGCAUCAAUACGACAGAUGCGAGAUUUGCUGUGUUCAAGAGCUACAGUGGGUGUUUGUCGAAUAUCUACAUACAAGUGAACAAUUACGUCAUGAAGCCGCUUGAGGAAUAUAUGCUCUUUACUAAAUCAGGUGCCGAUAAUAUUACGGUAAUUCAUCCGCAGGGCCUACGCAGCGCACAAUGUAUUGCUAAAUUUGAUAUAUCAGAGCAACCAUCACAAGAACCAAUGGUCAACGUGAGUUUGAGCGCCGAAGCCUGGGUGGAAGAUCCACCGCAACGUGUACUCUACGUAGCUCAAUUUGGCUAUGACGUUUCCGAGAAGGAAGAUUCCACACAAGUGGUAUUCAUAACGUUGACUUCACUCUUUGUGAUCAUAGUAAUUUGCUGCCUCAUAGAAGUGUACCGCAGUCAUCGAGCUUAUAAGAAACGCAUCGAGCGACAAACUGACGAGGACAUCAUUUGGUCAAAGGAGCAAGCGACGAAAAUGCAUGAGUCGCCAGGGGUAACCGGCACACAAUCGUACGGCUACAAAAAGUUGCCGCAAGAUGAAAAGAAGCCAGGCAAUGGAGCGCCACUUGUGGGUAUUUUGAAAAAUGGCAGCGCAGCUACAACAACAGCUGCGGCUGCUGCUGCAACAACACCGCCGGCCAAGGAGAAUGGAAGUACGAAGAAAAAUGGCGAUAUACCACUGGGUCAUAUUGAUGCACGCAUCGAUGAAGAGAAUGAAGACGAUGAUGUUGAUGACAAUGAAGGCGAUGAUUUGGUCAGUGCGGCGAACAAAAAAGCGGAAGUGGACAAGAGCUUAGACGAAGCUUUGGAAGCAGAACAGUGUAAAGAGCAGGUGGAGCAGAAAGAGAUUAGUGCGAAUGCAUCACAGAAAGGCGCUCAGGCGGCAAAUGAGGAUAAGACAAGGCAGGCAAGUGGAAAAGAAAUUAGCGCAGAUGCAACUGAAAAAUCGAAUGAAAAACCAAGCGAAGGUGGUGGUGGUGCCACCAACGAAGAAACGAAAACGAAGGAGGGAGGUAAAGAAACAGCAGACAAGGACAAGUCGAAUGCAACAGCAGCCACACCGACAACAAAACAAUGCAGUGGUGCAGACGUUCAAGCAGCAAGCAAAAGCACAGCGUUGCCGCCUUUAACGUCAGCGCCGCCACAUAAUCCGGAGAAGGAGACUCAAACGCCAGCACAAAUAGGGGGCGAUACGGUAGAUGGCCAACAGCGGCAAGGACAGCAGUCAUUGCCUGCGACUACAAAUGGCACAACAGCCAAUGGCCAUGGCACGGUAAGCAAGCGAUAUUGUGUUGAGAAUGGUGCAGGUUUAGCGUUAAUUGGCUUAGCACCUUUAUGUUCCAUAAACGAAACCGAUUUAUUGCUUGAAUCAGAUUGAUUUCAUUAUGUAAAUAUGCAUUAGUGGCAUUUUUUGUUAUUUGUACAUAUCACGCUUGUUUGUUUUUUUACGCUCGUAUAGAAUGCAAGUACUUGCUAAUACAAUACGUAGACAUGCAUACGUACAUUUGUAAAUAUGUUUAAGGUAAAUCCAGCAGAAGAUGUAAACAAGUGCCUACAAACGACUACCUCAUCGCCAAAGCAUUUAUGUAAUUUUUCAAGACCAUAGGCCAUUUGCCGAUAGACCAUAGACCAUAUCUUAUAGAUUAUAUGUAUAUUGUCCAGGGAUCGCAUCAUACCUCAUGCCUCAUGGAUCACAGUUCAUAAAUCAUAGAUCAUGAAUUAUAGCUAAUAGACUACCUCAGCCCUAUCAGGAACAUUUUCAGACCGUUUUCGAAACAUUUUGGCAUUAGCACAGUACCUUUUUUUGACUAAUAAAUGGUCCAUUCGGAACCUUUUCAAAACGUUAAACAUCACGACUCUUUUGCCGUUUCGCGGUCAUUUAAGACUAGUUCAAGACUAUUUCAGAAACUAGUUUGGCAUAAUUGUGGGGUAGUUCGAAAAUAUUCACGAUGACAAAGCAGUGUACUGGUCUCGAAGAGAUUAAAUUAAUGUUUAAUUUCUAGCCUAACCUAUUUCUGUACAUUUGAGGACUAUUUCAUGACAAGUUUGUGACUAGUACGGGCCUAUUUUGGGUUGGUUCCAAACUAGGCACGAUGAAAAAGUCGUGUACUGGUCCCGGCUAUAUGAAUAAAACGAAAUGAAAUUAAUGUUUGUUUUCAACCUAACCUAUUUUUGUAUAUAUCUUAAUCGCAUAAGGCUUUGCCAAGCCGUACACAGAUGUUUGCACAUUAGAUUUCAUGAGUACCUGGUACUUACCCGGCUUUAUGCCUUAAAAAGCUAUCUAAUUAAUAACCUCCGUUCUCCUAUGGAUGUCCAGUCCCGUUUCUUCAUUAUCUAAAAUUCUGUCAAGUUUAGCUAUAACCUUGUGGAUAAAUAUUUACGCUUUCGCAGGUUGGCGCUUUAUUUGGUCAGCUCUAUUGUGGUCGAAAGGAAAGACACUAGAACUGUGAGAACAUUCGAACUUUAACUUUAUCUAUAACCGCUUUUUAAGCUAGACUCAAUGGGUCUAAAUCUGCAUCCAUGAGCAAUUCCUUAAAGAACACACUUUUAUAGACUUUUGAUAGUUAUAUAUAUGAAGUUGUGAAAGGUCCGUACUGCGAACCAAUGGGCUCUAUGUGAUUUUCUUCACACUUGAUAACAUUCAUUCUGUAUCUCGGGCGACCUGUUCAUUCCACUAGAAGACCAUGUAUUCUAAGUAAGUGUAAGCGGUUCAAUGCACCACCAACUUAAAAAAGACGGUGCUCCAACGUACGCCAAGUUGGUUUUAAUAGAACGAAGACGAUUAUGACAUUAGUCGGCAAGACGUUUCGACGUGGUUUCAAGCCGUGUACUUAAGUUACUAAGAUUCACACUCACCAGCACGAAGACAGACAUAUCUUUAUCAUUGUUCCAGUGUGUCGUAGUUAGAACCUUAGUGAGCUCAGAAGUACUUAGUACUACUGAUAAAUCAGCGAACAUCGGUUAACUGAGAAGCGAGAGGUUUGUAGAACAGGUAGGGUCCACACAGCCUUUGCUAAACUUCCACCAUCCCUUUCAGAGCCAUUAAGGCGGGUGUGGAGGUUCAUUGACUAGGCGGCAUUCUAGCCUCCGUCAGAGAAUUUUUACUCAUAGAUUAUAAAUUGUGGAUCAUAAUCAUAGAACAGAGAACUAUAGGUCAUGGAUUAUAAAUCAUGGAUUAUGGAUCAUAGGCGAGAAAUAGGUGUUAAAUCAUUAAGCGUAUUUAGAUCAGAAAUUUUAGAUCACAUUUUAAAAAUUAUUUAAUCGCAUAUCGCAUUGAAUGUCAGGGACAUAACUACAAAAUUUAAGUUUCUUAAAUUUCAAAUUUGGAGAAUCCUUAUUCCUUUUCUAUUUGCGUACAUAAAUUUAUCAGGUUUGUAACACC